AUGGAAAUAACAACAGAACGAAGUACAUUAAUUGAUAUAAUUCGUAACACAACAUUUAGUAUUGCACAUGAGAUAUCUAAAGGAUUAAAUUCAGGGAAUCGAGAAGAAAUAAUAAUAGCAUUAGAACGUGGAAUUCAUUCAUUAGGAAAAUUAUUAGUUGUAACACGAUGGUUAGGAAGAAAUCCAGUAUUACACGAUAUAGACACAUUUAAUAGAGUAUGUCAAGAAUCGAUACUUCAAUUACACUCGAUUGUAAAAAGGAUAUUAAAAAAUGGGAAAAAAGGAAUAGAACAACGAACAAGAUUUCCAGAAAUAUCAAUUGCAUUAGAAGUAUUAAUAAAAAAGACAUAUCCACUUCCACAUAUUGAAAUAAAUAUACCAAAUUAUAAAAAAAUAAUACAUUUAUUAGAACAAAGAAUAUGGAGAUAUUAUUAUAUUCAUUAUAAACAAAUACAAUGUGAUCAAAUAGAUAUUUAUGGAGGAAUGUUAUUUAUUCAUAACAAAGAAACAUUUAGUUGUUGGAUAACAAUUCAAAAUCCUGAAAUAGCAUUAUUAAGUAAUGAAAUUAAAUGGAGAAUUAUUAAAUUAACACUUUUUAUUCCAAAAGAAAUAAAAGCAGAAGAUAAAAUUAUAGAAAGAAUAAAUAAUAAUUUAUUAAAUGAAAAUGAAGUUGGAAAAGAACCAAUUAAAAUACUAAUAGAACAAUUAAAUAUUAUUGCCAAAAAUGCACAUUUUAAUUCUUUAUUAAAUGAAUGUACAAUAUUAACAAGUAAAAAAAUAUUUCCAAAUUUAAAAAGUAUAAUUGAAACAAAUGGAGUUGAAAAAGUAUUAAAAAUAUAUUAUUGGGGAAAUACUAUUUGUUUAGAAUAUCGUUUAAAUAAUCAAACAAAUAAUUUUAGAAUAACACAUAUUCCACCUAAAAGUAUUGACUUUUUUAAUAUUUCAUUUUCACUAGAAAAACAAAUUAUAGUUAUAGCGCAAGCAAUGGCAGAACAAAUUAAUUUAGAAUAUAUGAAAGAAUUAAAUUAUUAUUCUGAAAAGAAUUAUACAAAUAUUUUUAUUAAUUUAUAUACUGGAAAUAUUUCUUUUAUUUCUCCUUAUUUACCUCCUUCUCUUUUAAAUAAUUAUUCUAUUGAAUUUACUAAAAAUCCUUUAGAAAACCAUCAUUUAAUUUUUGAUGAUAUUCAUAUUCUUACUCAAUACGCUCAAAUUUUUACUGUUGCUAAAAUUCUUUUUGUUAAUGCAAAUAUUCAAUUAGUUGAAAGUGAUAUUAUGAAAUCUAUUGCUGAACACACUGAUAAAUUUGAUCAAAUUCGUGGUAAAAUUCAAAUUUCUAAUAUUUGUAUUCAACAACAACAACAAAAUAAUAAUAUUAUUUGUGGUUUUCCUUUUAAAAUUCAAGAAUCUGAAAGUAGAUGUCUUUGUUUUAUUAUUUCUAAAACUCCUGAAGAAAAUUUAAUUUGUGUUGGAUUUAGAAAUAAACUUGUUAAUUAUUGUUCUUGUUCAAAAGAAGUUUUUAAUUCUUCUUCUUCUUUAACUUCUGUUGAAAAAAUUAUGAAAUUUUGUCAAGAGUCUUAUUCUAAAUAUUAUUUUAUUAUUUAUCUUGACUUCUUUAAAGAAGAAUUCUCAAAUCAAUUUAAACUUCCUUUUUGCUCAAUUAGUGUGAUUCAUUCAAAAAAUAAAAAUCUUUGUUAUUUGGUUAUAACAAAAUAUUCUCCUUUUGUUAUUUCUUUAGAACAAUCUUCUGAUGAUUUAUAUUUUUAUAUCUUUGUUGAUCUUAAUGGUUGGAUUGAUCAUUUUAUUGAUAAGUUCAAACCUUCUUUCGGUACUUCUUUUAGUAUUGACUCUAAAAAAUUUAAAUUCUCUUUUAAAAAAGAUAAUGUUGAAAAAGACGUUCAAUUAUUAUUUAUUAGAGUUAUACAAUUUAUUCAUUUAGCCAUGUUCUUAAAAAAGGUUUUUUCAAAGUUAAAAUACUUUAAUGAAAAAACUCUUUUCUUUGAUGGUUAUGAAAUAGAAUUUACAUCUUCUUUAUUUGAUACUAUUCAAUUUAAUAUUCAUUUUAAUGAACAAUACCAAUAUUUAUCUUCAUUUGUUCAUUUUGAAUUUACUGGAAUAAAAGAGACAACAAUAAAAAUACUCAGUUUAAAAGAAAUUAACCAAACCUUAUUUGUUAUCAAUACUUUUGUACAAUAUUUUGAUAUCGUUAUUAAACUUAUUAAAUCAAUUAAUAGAUCUUGUAUUUUAUUAACUAUAUCUGACCUUUCAUCAUUAACUCUUUUUAUUAAUCCUGAAUCUCAUCAAAUAUCAAAAGAAACAUCAACCAUUUUAUUCUCAUUUGAUACAUUAAUAACAAAUAAUUGUGUUCAAUUCACUUAUUUAACAGAAGAUAUUCAUAAUAGAAAAGGAUUUCCAAAUGAUGUUAUGAUAACAACAUUAAGUUUAAUUCCUAAAAGAUUCCCAAUUAAUGAAAUAGAAAAAUAUUUAAAAUUAAUACUUAACUUAAUUCAUCUACUAUUGAUUGUUGAAUAUGUUUCACCACAAUCAUUUUCUAAAGAUAUUGAAGGAAGAAAUCAUCGAUUUUAUUUUAGAGCUGAUUUAUUUAUUAAAGUUCCAUCGAUUCUCACAUUAGAUAUUAUAACAAAUGCAGAAUUAUUUCAAACUCCACGAGUUGAUAUUUUAACAACAUAUUUUAAUAUUAGAUUUAGUGAUCCAUUGAAUAGUGGGGAUUUAAUUCAUGCAAAACAUUUAAUAUCAUUUAUGUCUAAAAAACAAAUGUUAUUAUCUCAUUUAAGUUAUAUGGAACCAUUAAUUAGUUUUUGUUGUUCGACAUUAAAUAAAGAAAAUGUACAACAUAUUUACGAUUUCACUUUUGAAGAUAAAAAUUCAUUAUAUUAUAUUAGUGUCUUUAUUUAUAAUAAUGUUCAUGACUUAAUUGCUAAACAUCCAUUUUUUGAAUUAAAUCUUCAAUACUCUCAACUAAAAGUAUUAUCGUUACUUGAAAACCAAAAAAAUACUCCAUCAGUAAUUUCUUUUAUUGAUAAAUUUAAAGAAAAAAAUAUUGCUACUUUCAGACACUUAACAAAUCUACUUCAAGAUACUUUUGAAAAAUGA